AUGCAAUCUACCGCACAGUCUAACAAAUCCGCCGACGAGGCUCCCACGAACGCACCUAUCCGUAACGCACCGGACGACGCAUCGAACCCACAGUUGCCUAGCAGGGAGCAUUCUACCAACGAUUUCGUGAUUCGCGAAGGGUUUCCCGCCUUGAGACUACCGCAUCCGCAGACGGGACCAUGGAUUGACGGUGACGAGCCGAUUCCGCGACAAACCUUCUGGGCGGACGCACACGCACUCUGUUGGGCGCCCGCGCAUCUGGAAUCCUUCCGGGACGAUUGUCGAACGGUCUUUUCGGCCCGCACGCGGGAUGACGACCAAGCCUACAGUGCCGGUGUUACGUAUUUUUGUCCCAGUCAAAUGCCGCCGCGCUGUGCCCUCGAAGCCUUGGCUCUUGACAUUUUUCGCAAACAUACGGAACACUUGGAAAACGGAGUGAUGGUGUCGGAACAAUCCGGUGCCGAGUGGUGGACACUGGUUCUGGAUGAUGACGAUAGCGCAAGAAACCAGACUACGGAACAAAAAGAAGAGGCUGACGACGAAGGCGACGAAGUUGGCUUGCAUUUCGAUGCCGACUACGGUUUGGAAGAUCAAGCUCCCAACCUACUGCUCCAUCCUCGUGUGGCCACCGUCACUUACUUGACUGACUCGGGGGCUCCGACAGUCGUACUCAACCAGCGAUCACCACCUCCGAAUGACAUUGAAAAGAAAUCGUUAGCUGGUGAUAUUGACCAGGGAUGGCUUUCGCAUCCCAAGUGCGGCAAGCAUAUAGCCUUUGAUGGUCGUCUGUUGCACGGAGCACCGGCGACCUUCUUUCCGGAAUUGCUUCGAACGCCGUCACCGUUACCCGGUAAUGAGCCGCCCACGAAAAAAGCAAAACGCGCGCAUCAGCGAAUUACGGUUCUGGUCAAUGUUUGGGUCAAUCACUGUCCCUUGGACGCUGAACCUUUGGACGAUGAUGUGUGUCAGCAGCUCAAGACACCGUGGGAAGGUCGAGGAAAAACCGACUCUGAUUUUCGGCCUCCGUUUGUUUGGAACGAAAAGCUGGACUUGGCGAUGUCCGAUAAUAAAACAGUUCCAGUCACGGUGAAGCCGUCUUUGAACGACGCUGCAGGAGAAGAGGAAGUGGUCAUUUGCAAUCGACUAGUCACGGCACACUACAACGCUUCGAUGGAAGAUUUGCACGCAGCUUCACAAAGGGCUGGACUGGUCGCGCUGACCUUCAACCAGGGAGCUCUUUCGCUGCGAGUUGGGGAGGAAGUGCAUUCCGGAACGGAGGAGGAACAAGGCAGUAGCGAAGAUUAA